AUUUGUUUUUUUUCCUAAACGAAGUUGAGGGAAAAUUUGUGGAAUUCGAAAAAAAAAAUCAGAAGCUAGAAAAAGAAUUUCUUCAAAGACCGGCGACCAUGGCAGCAGCACAGCACCACCAUCAUCAUCCGGCAACGCUGGAAGAAGUCCGUACGCUUUGGAUAGGGGACCUUCAGUUUUGGGUCGACGAGUCCUAUCUGAAUUCCUGCUUUGCUCAUACUGGCGAGUCUCUAAAAAUCAUACGCAAUAAGAUCACUGGCCUGCCCGAGGGUUAUGGAUUUGUGGAGUUUGUUUCUCAUGCAGCAGCGGAAAGGAUACUGCAGACUUACAAUGGGAUGCCGAUGCCUGGAACUGAACAAAUGUUCAGGUUAAAUUGGGCUUCAUUUGGUGCUGGAGAAAGACAUAAUGAUCCUGGCCCUGAGCAUUCUAUUUUUGUAGGGGAUUUGGCACCUGAUGUUACAGAUUAUUUAUUGCAAGAGACUUUUCGAGCUCACUAUCCAUCUGUUAGAGGUGCCAAGGUUGUGACUGAUCCAAAUACUGGACGCUCCAAGGGAUAUGGAUUUGUUAAAUUUUCGGAUGAGACAGAGAGAAAUCGUGCUAUGACUGAAAUGAAUGGUGUCUAUUGCUCAACGAGAGCCAUGCACAUUAGUGUAGCAACACCAAAGAAGAACACUGGUUUUCAGCAGCCAUAUGCUGUGGCAAAAGCUGUAUAUCCAGCUAUGGUUUACCCAACAACUGUGCCGGUGCUUCCACCAGAUAAUGACAUUACAAAUACCACUAUUUUUAUUGGCAACUUGGAUCCAAAUGCCACAGAAGAGGAUUUGAAGCAAUUCUUCUUGCCACUAGGAGAAAUUGUGUUUGUCAAGAUCCCUGCGACGAAGGGAUGCGGUUAUGUACAGUUUGCAAACAGAAAUUCUGCUGAAGAAGCUAUACGGAGGAUGCAGGGGCAAGUGAUUGGUCAACAAGUCGUCCAAAUUUCGUGGGGUAGGAUCCCUACAGCAAAUCAGGACCUACUGGGUAGCUGGGGCACGCAAACCGAUCCUAAUCAAUGGAGCACUUAUUAUGGUUACGGACAAGGCUACGAUGCUUAUUCUUAUGGGGCUACCCAGGAUCCCUCACUCUAUGCAUAUGGUGCAUAUGGCUAUGCACAAUAUCCUCAACAGGUUGAAGGUUCUCAAGACAUGGCAGCUAUGGCAGGCGCUGUCCCACCUGUAGAUCAAAGGGAGGAACCAUAUGAUCCGUUGGCAACACCUGAUGUCGAUAAGUUAAAUGCCACCUACAUCUCUGUUCAUGGAAGUGCCAUAUUAGGCCGGCCCUUAUGGCAAAGAACCUCCUCCAUUACACCGCAAGCUUAAUCCCCAACUUUCCCGUCUCUUAUUUGUGGCGAUCACCAUAAUUUUAUGCUGUUAUGUCGGAAAUCAUCAUUUUCGGAUUUAGUUGUCGAAUUCUCCCCGCAGGAUUUCUAAAGCUUGAUGUUUUCUGCUUACAUUUGACACUUGUAGUGCUUAGGAUAAAUAUUGACUCAUAAUUAAUUGUUGCUUUAGUUUGUUGGUUUCAGAGUCAGUUAAUAAG